AUGCGGGGGGGGGGGAUGUGGCAAGAUAUUGAAAGUGUGUUGCUGGGUCAACCUACACCGCCACAAGCUUCACCUGUACGAUUAUGCGGUACGACACAAUCACCUACUCGUCAACCCUCUAUCGAUAUCCCUCCUUAUGCUACAAACGAACAAAAUCAAACCCAUCAGGAUCAACAACAUCAUCAUCAUCAUCAACAACAAUACGUCGUGACGACGGAUGAUGAAAAUUCGGGUACUUCAAAUGAAGAAUUUGUCGAUUUGGACAUGCUUAUUAAUUGCGCGGCAGAACAACAUAAUUUUUAUUGCGGAGAACAAAGAUCGCAAAACAUAAACAUAAACGUUAACGUUGAUUUAAACGUGAACGCAUAUUUUAGCACGAAAACACAGAAUCAUAGUCAGAGAUUAUUUAAAUUUCCCGAAACGGAAACGGAAUCGUCGUCGUCUUCGUCAACAUCGUCGUCAACGACGUCGUCGUCGUCGUCGCCGACGUCAUCGUCUUCGUCAUCUCCAUCAUCUCUCGACCAAAGAUCAUACAGAUUUUUAGAAAACGAUCAUAAUCUUACACAGCAAAGACUGUUGCGAGAGGAUGUUUACAUACCGCAAGAUCAAAACGUGUCAGAAAUGCCAUUGCCCGAAUCGUACAACGUUCAACAGCGUGAUCCUACUAAUUACAUGACACCGGUAUCGGGUUACGUUAACGGUUCUGGAACUCUGUCACCGCCGGCAAGUCCGGAAAUACAAGGCACGACGCCGCACGAUCUAUUCACCGCCCCUCAUUUUAAUCAGCAAAAAAUAUUACCGUCGGAAAAUUUACCGUCGCUAAAAAUAAUGACGCCACCAUCGUCGCCGAAUUUAACCGAAUACCUAUCGUCGUUACCCGUCGUUAACAAUCAAGUUAUAGAACAUAAAACGAAAAGAGGGAGAAGGAGUUGCGGACGUAAAAAAUUAACGACUCACACUUGUUCGAAUCCAGGUUGUAGGAAAACCUACACGAAAUCAUCUCAUCUCAAAGCGCAUUUGAGAACUCACACUGGAGAAAAACCUUAUCAGUGCGGAUGGAAAGGUUGCAGUUGGAAAUUUGCUAGAUCCGACGAAUUGACCCGACAUUAUAGAAAACAUACCGGCGACAGACCUUUCCAGUGUCGACUAUGCGAAAGAGCAUUUUCACGUUCAGAUCAUUUAUCACUUCACAUGAAACGUCACAUAAGCGUUUAA